GAUCGACCUUCAGAAGAAAGAGGAAGAGAGGAGGUGCGAAAAGAUGCCAUGAUGAAGCGAAUUGAGCGACAGGUGCAAGAAAGAAUCGCAGCAAGAGUGGGCUCUAGAGAGUUUGAACGCACAAUGCAGGAAAAGAUUCGAGAAGAAAUUGAAAGACAUUUCAGCCUUGUCAAAAUCGAAAUGGACAUGAAAAAGAAGAAGCUGUCACCCCUGCGUCGUUGGGCAAGAUGCUGCUGCAGGAUUGACGAGUUUCAGCAGCAACGUGAUCAAGAAGAGCGGUCGAAGCAGGAGCUGGAGGCAAUUAUUCGCACGAACCAGCAGAAGAUGCAGGAGCAGCAGCAGCGAGUGGCCCAAGAGUUGGGGACACAGGCUGACGCGUUGUUACAAGAACGUGGCCUAUUGCAGAAACGACAGGAACAGCGCAGAAGAGCCUUGCAAAAAGGGAUUGAGGAUGAAGAAGGAUGAAGGAGCGUGCCCUUCCCCCCCGGGUGUUUCCGUUGGUGACCUUCACGCGUGUGCCAUCUACAGCAGCAGGUUGGAUGUGUCUCUCCGGAUUCCCGCAUUCUUUGCUUUUUUAUACCUGCCAGUUGAGGACGCGAUCGACAGGAGAAAAUUUGAAACGUGGCCACGCUACUCGUCCACCAUCAGUGGCAGCCUGCUAGGCCCAGGGAAGCGGAGGCCCGCAAUGAAAGGCAGCAGUAUGCUCACAUGUUUGCUCAUCUUGGCGACCAGCACACUGCGCACGAUGACGUUGGGAAAAG